AUGAAGCCUCAUGUAGUUACAGAAGAUCAGAUAAAGUUAAGGGCAUUCCCCUUUUCACUUCAAGAUUCAGCAAGGGAAUGGUUAUAUGACCUCCCAUCUGGUUCCAUCACCACUUGGACCGAACUCGCGAAGCUGUUUUUAGAGAAAUAUUUUCCAAAAACACGGGUUUCCAUCCUCAGAAGUGAAAUCCUUGGCCUAACACCUAUGGAGAGGCGCUUGAUAAAUGCUUCCAGUGGUGGUUCCUUGGGUGAUAUGACACCAACUGAAAUCAGAGAGCUUAUUGAAAAGUUGGCGAUCGAGUCUAAACAUUCUGGAAAUAAAGAUAGGUGGUAUCCAGAUCAGCCAAGGGGUGUCAAGGAGAUCAGUAAUGGUCAUCUGGAAGCUCAGCUAUCUGAAUUGACGAAAGUUGUUCUGCUCCUGACCAAAGAAAAAGCAGCUGCAACGAAACAAUGUUGGAUUUGCAUGAACACUGAUCACCCUACUAACAUGUGCCCAAUAUUGCAAGAGGACACAGUGGCACCUCCACCUGGAUUUCAGCAGCGGCGAAUUUUUCAGCAGUCGGGUUUUCAGCAAAAUUUUCAGAAUCAGCAAAAUUUUCAACACCAGGAUUUCCAGCAACCUUUGCAACAAUAUUUUGGUAGCUCUAGCAUGGCCUUGGAGGAUAUUGUUAAAAAAUCUCAAGGAAAGUUACUGAGGCAUACAGAAAACAGUCCAAAGCACAAUGUGAGUGCUAUUUCCUUGAGAAGCGGAAAGACAUAUGAAGGUCCAAGGUUAUCUGAACCAGAAAAUAAGAUUGAGGAAGAAUAUGAAGAAGUUAUGGUUAAAGAAGUAAAUGUGGAAGAGACAGAAAAAGAAGUUGAAGCUGAAGAGUAUGAAGAGGUUUUGGUUGAAGAAGAAGCUGAAAAAGAAACCCCAACACUACCCAAGCCAAUUCUGAAGGAGUACAAGCCACUACCUCCCUUCCCAUCGCGAUUGAGGAGCACGAAGCGCGAAAGAGAUGAUGAAGAUAGUAUGGAAAUGCUUCGCAAGGUUGAAAUAUAUGUCCCACUUUUAGAUAUUAUCCAACAUAUCCCUCGUUAUGCUAAAUUUAUUAAAAAUUUAUGCAACUCAAAGGAAAAAAUGAAAUUUAAUGAGAUUGUAAAUGCUGGUGAAAAUAUCUCCUUUAUUUUACGAACAGGUUUACCUCCAAAGUGCAAGGAUCCGAGGAUUUUCUUAGUUCCUUGUAAAUUGGGGAAAAUUAAUUUUCCAAAAGCCAUGCUUGAUUUAGGAGCUUCAACCGAGACAAUUAUCCAGUUGGCAGAUCAUUCAACAGUACACCCAAAAUGUGUGCUGGAGGAUGUUCUUGUCCAAGUGGAUAACCUGAUUUUUCCCGUUGAUUUUUACAUUUUUGACAUGGGAAACCUGGAUACUUCAGAUGCAAACUCUAUUAUUUUGGGAAGACCUUUUAUGAAAACUGCAAAAACGAAAAUUGAUGUUUUUGCUGGUACACUUUCAAUGGAGUUUGAUGUGGAAGUCGUGAACUUUAAAAUUAAUAAUGAUGAUUUUCCUUCUGAAAAUAUUUCUGUCAAUUAUAUAGGUACCAACAAUCCUUUAUUAGAGGGCUGCUGUGUGCUUUCUAAUAUCUCUAUGCAAGAAAAAUUUGUAGACAAGAAUUUAUCAUACACAUCAGGGGAGUUGGCUAAAGAUAAGCUUGGGGAAAACGAAGGAGGGAACUUCACUGUUGAAAAGGAAUUUGUAGAAGUUGAUAAACCUGAAAAGAAGUUAUCUGAAAGGGCCGAGAUGGAGUUAAAAAGAAAUAAACUUUUGGAAGAAAAAGAGGGAAAUGUGAGUUCUGAUAUAAAUAUGAAAAGAAAGGAAUCUGAAAACGAUAAUUCUGGGAAGAAAAAAGAAGUUCAGAAAACGGAUGAAGUCUGA